AUGGCGACUCUUGUGGAAGAAGUUUGUCCUUCGGUGGAAGCCCUUAUUCGGAAGGAAGAUGCUGCUUAUUUCCCCUGUCCUAUUGAGGGGUGUUCCAGAGAGUUUCAAAAUCGUCCAUGCCUAAGGAUGCACCUCAUCAAGACUCAUGGCAGUGCGCCGAAUAGCAAAGAAAAGAAGCUUUUUACCCGUGGUCAGGGAAAGAGUCAAGUUGAAAAACAUUUUUACUGUCCAGUUAAACAUUGUGUGCGAGGACAAGGUACUAAAAGACCUUUCCCACGGAUGUCUCAGCUGAAACAGCAUUACAUGACAGUACAUGCAGAGAAAACAAAUGUUUGCAGCAAGUGUGGUAAAGGCUUUGGUUUGCCUGAUGCUUGUAAACGGCAUGAACUCAAGUGUGGGCAGUUGUUCACAUGCUCAUGUGGGUGUCCUUAUACCACAAUUGAAGCACUCCUCACCCAUGCACGGCGUCAGAUGCACCAAGUGCCAGAAGAAUACAAAACCAAGGCAGCAAGCACAAAAUCUCCAGUACCUGCACCAGCAUUUGCUGUACUUGUUGUUAAACCUGCAACCUCAAUACCAUGUGUAGGAAUUAACUCUGGAAAGAAAGACAGUCCAGGAAAUCAGGCUGCAAAACUUCAGCCAAUCCUACCUAAACCUGGCCCAGUCACAGCCUUAGAAAUCGGUAGAGGCUCUUUCAGUUCUUCAAGAAAAAGAGCAGUUAAUAAGUCCGUGCAAACACAGCCUCCUUGCGAUGUGCACAGUAUGUGUACCCAAACACCCAGUUGUCCAGUGAGUAUGGAUCAAGGGUGUGAUUCAUACACACAGACUCCUCCACCAACUGCAAGCCAACAGUUUCAGUUUAACAAUGUUGAUGGGAAUCUAGGAAUUGGUUUCAAUAACCAAUCUUCUGUUGGGACUCAAGUUGCCGUGUUGACAGACCACUGUGACUUUGGCGUUGGCACUGAUGAAAGUUUCCUGGCACAGUUAGGCUUAGCUGGUAGUAGUAGUAGUCAACCAUUUGGGUUUGCAGAAAGGAUUCCACAAGAUUCCCAGGUUCAACCUCUUCCUCCCUAUAGUUCUUUUGUUACAGGGCAACAAAGAUCAGGGUUUGUUUCCACAAAUGAGAACUCAAUGCAGACUCUUACCAUUGAUCCACUGUGUUUGAAUAUCCAAACACAGACAAAUAUUACAAGCUCAGACUUUGGUCUUUGUGACCUCCGACCAUUAACUAGCUCACAAACUCAGACAAGUGGCUUGGAGCAAGUUCCUCUAGAGGAUAACGAAACACAGACAUUGAUUUCCUUCCUGGGUAUUGAUGCAAAUAGCUCUAUUGAUUCUGGAACACAAACUCAAAACCUUCUCAAUGAUUUAUUUGACUCUGAAGACAUUGAGCUGACAGAGUCGCAGACCCAAACAUGGUUUAACGACUACUCAACAGUCACUUCACCAGGUCUUGAAAACAGUGGGCAGGAGUUUGUGUACAAAACUCUUGAAGACUUGGUUGACAUACAUACUCAAACAUCCAUAGUAAUGUCAGACUUCACCGAGCUGGCUGAUGACACUGUUCUUGCAAACUCACAAACUCAAACAUUGCAGAGUGACUUGGACUGUUCCAGUUUAUUGUCGUCCAGUGUUCAGACAGAUUCACACUGUGUACACACAUCACGCAUGUAUGAACAGUGCAGCAGUUGUUCUGUCACCUCCACAGGUUGUCAAACACAAACCUGUUCAAGUGUUGUUGAUCACAGUUGUCUGAUGUCCAGUGUUGAAACUCAGACAUAGUGGUUUGUAGCAUACUGUACCUUUAAUGCAAUAAAAUUGCAAAAUAAAAUA